AUGACAUACACUUCGCAUCGGGAAACGCAGGAAACAUUGCAAAUCCUGAACGAUCUGGAUCUGGACACCGAGCGAACUGAAGAAGAGCUGUACGCGAAAUUCGGUCUGGACGAUGCGUACCAAUCGGGCCAGUUGACUGUGUGGCAAAAAUUCAAACCAAAAAUCUGGAUGCUUUUUGACGAAUCCUAUUCCUCCUUGGGUGCAAAAGUAAGUUGGAUCCCCCCCCGCACUCUUACACACACACACACGAGCGCGCAUGGAACGCUUCUUGUUGGAUAUUUACACGACUAG